AUGACUCCUCCUUCGCCCAACCCCACGGACGUUCAGAAUGGCAAGGCCCAGGAUAAGAGUGAGACCACAAUCCAUCCUGUGCUCUCUUAUUCGCAGGGCGAAAUUCGAUAUGGGAGCGGAUCCAAGUUGCCCAAGGAGGCCACUGAUGAUGCCGCCAAAUACUUGACCGACACUCGUGCCGAGCAAUUCCAACCCUUGACGCCGGAAAGGGAGAAGCGACUCCGGAAGAAGAUUGACUCUUGGAUGAUUCCCUUGCUGGCUUGGAAGCAUCCUGCCUCUUGGCUUUUCAAUGGCUUCUUCGCCUGGGUGGUUGGUUAUAUUCCAGACUCGGCGCCUCUCAAGAAAUGGCAGUACCUCUACCUCAUCACAGGUUCUAUCAAUGUCCUCUACUCGCUUUUCCUCUGCCUCGUUCUCCCGGACAGCCCGAUGAACGCUCGGUUCCUCACAUCAGAAGAGAAGUUCUGGGCCGUGGAGCGGCUUGCGUCAAACAGGACCGGCAUUUCGAACAGAGUGUGGAAAUGGGACCAAGUCCGGGAGGCCCUCUUGGACGUGAGGAUCUGGCUGAUAUUCUUCUUCAACAUCGCCAUCAACAUCCCCAACGGCGGACUACAGGCCUUCGGGACAAUCAUCAUCUCCGACCUAGGUUUCAGCAAUCUCAAAGCGAGCCUACUCACCAUGCCGUUCGGAAUCGUGGCGACCUUCGGCGCUUGGUUCUUCAGCUAUAUCGCCAGCCUGACCAACCGAAGGACUUUCGUUGCUUGUGCCGCGCUGCUGCUGCCCAUUUUUGGCACGGCGCUCGUGUACGGGCUUCCGCAGUCAAACGUGGCUGGGCAACUGGUCGGCCUGUAUUUCAUGUAUUUCUAUUGGCCCUUCAGCCUUGUGACCAUAGGCUAUGCCGCUGGAAAUCUGAUUGGGCCCCAGACGUUCAUUUCCAAAGAUGCUCCGAAGUACACAAGGGGAGUCAUCGCAAUGUUGGUCUCAUAUUGUGUUUCCAUCGCACUUCUUCUGGUAUACUUCGUCAAUGUUUAUGCAGAGAACAAGCGCAGGGAUAAGAAGUAUGGCAAGCCGGAGGAACUUCGUGACGUGGUGGAGGGUUUCGCGGACGUCACAGACAAGAAGCAAGAGGAUUUUAGGUACACAUAUUAG